GCUAAAUCCACAGUCUCUCAUGAUAAUACCGAAAAUCUCUUCUAUUACAUGCCUAUUCUCGAUGACAAUAUUCCAGAUAUCCUCGACUACGCUGAAAUCAUGAAAGAUACUGAGCAAGAUGGUGCACAAUCAUUCCCCUGGGGAGAUCAAAAUGAUUGCGUUCCAAGAAUCAGAUGGCAAGGAGCAAAAGAAACUUUACUUGAUCCCGAUGAAAUUUCUGGAGUGCUUUACAGCGUUAAGGGUGCAUCUUCGCGAGGAAGUGUUAUCAUUCGUCAAGAUGAUUCUGAGUACGAUUAUAUCAAUGUGACCAAUCGUAUCUAUCUUUCGGAAGAAUCUCUUCAAUCCGAAGUUAAAGUCAAUACCCAAACUACUGAUAAAGACUUCUCUAUGGAAAUUAGGACUCCAUCAUUUGAUGGACCUCGCCCGACACGAAAAUGUGUUCGUAUCGACACAGUGAUCACUUUCCCAAAGCGUGUCAAGCACUUCACAUCUUUAUCUGUCGAUGUACCGAAUGCUUGGAUUUCGACCAAGGAUUUGAAUAAAUUAGAUUUUGCAUACUUGAACCUCAGAACCUCAAAUGGUCACAUUACUGUUGACGAAGUUAAAAUCGAUUCAGCCGAGGUUGAGACUGUUAAUGGCCAUGUUCGUGGUGAUUUCAUAGUCAUCGAAAGUUUAAAGGUUAAAAACUCUAACGGUGCUCUUCAAGUAAAAGCUAGCCUUGAUCCCUGGGCCGAAGAUGUAUCUAUUGAUGCAAGAUCAAUCAACGGUCAAAUUGAUUUUAAUCUGGCCGACAUCGCAGAAAAUCAAACUGUCGAUUUUUACGCUAAAUCUAUAAAUGGAGGUAUCACAGCCAGCAUCGAUGACGCAUUCGAGGGCGAGUUCUCUGCAUCAACAUUGAUCGGUUACGUGAGUGUCCAAGGAUCUAAUCUUCAUUUUGACAGAAAUUCACGAAAUAAUAAGGCUGGGUAUAAAGGUGAUCAAGAUGACUCAAAGAAAAGUUCACGUGCAACGUUGGAGGCUGUUACUGGUUCCAUUGAGUUGUCGUUCGUUUAA